AUGCUGUACGACGAAGAGGAGUGCAUCAAAGUCAUCGUGGUGGGCGAUGGCAAUGUUGGCAAGACGUGUAUGCUGCGCCGCUUUGUGAGGGGCGACUUUGUCGAGCAGUACCGCAAGACCAUCGGUGCCGAGUUUAUGGAAAAGGAUGUGUUCCUGCGGUCAUCCAAAACGAUGGUGAAGCUCAUGCUUUGGGACACCGCAGGGCAGGAGGUGUUUAACGCGCUCACGCAAGCCUACUACCGCGGCGCUGGUGCUGCCAUCCUGACGUUUAGCACUGUCGAUCGCGACAGCCUCAUGAGCAUAGCGGGGUGGAAGCAGCGGGUCGAGUCCGUUUGUGGUUGUAUCACGAUGGUCUUGUGUCAGACAAAGUUCGACCUCUCUCACGAGGCCGUCAUUACCCAUGCGGAGGCGGAGGGGCUCGCCAGCCAGCUCGAGGUGCCACUUUUCCGCGUGUCCGCCAAGGACGACUUUAAUGUCAGGCAGCUGUUCGAGUUCACGGCGCAGCAGUGCGUCGAAAACUCGGCGCAGGAUGAGGCGCCAGUGGACGAUAUGCCGAACGGUAAUCGCUUAAAUGACGGAAAGAAACCGACGGCAGGGGCGUCCGCCGCGGCGGCGUCGUCGAUGACUUCGGAUGAAAAGCAUGGUGGCGCUAGCGUGCCUACCGCACUAGCGCCUAACGUGGCGGCUACGUCGUCAUCUCCCCCAGCAGCCGGAAAUUCGAGUUUCAGCAGCGAUGGCGUCAAAGACGCUGUCAGCAAAUCGGUCAAGUCAAAGAACGGGGGCAGGAACGAAACGGAGAAGGCGUCGUCGAACGCGAAAAACAAUGUGACGCUGAGGGAGCAGCACAGGCAGGGACAUCACAAGAAAAAGCGCUUCAAGUGCUCCGUUUGCUAG